AUGCUGGAUCGUUUUGUAGAAUUAGAAGAUUCCAUACGGGGAACUCUUGGCCUAUUAGACAACCCACCUCAAGGACUGACAUCAGAACAAUGGGUCAUCUCUAAACAACUAAUCCAAGUGUUACGUCCUUUUGAGGAAGCGACAACAGCAGUUAGUGGUAGCAAAUACAUGACUGCUUCCAUAAUUCAAAUUAUAGCACAAGGACUCAAGAAUGUUUGUGAGCUGAUGACUCAAAAACUCUUUUCAUUACCUGUUCAAAAUGUUUUACAAAAAUUAAUUAGUGGUAUGAGUCAUAGGGACAGAUGGGGGACAAUAGAACUAAGUAAAACAUUAAUUCAGUGUACCUUUUUAGACCCGAGGUUUAAAGAUGUUUCCCUUUCAACAUCAUUGAAACAAUCCACAAAAAACGACAUAGUUGAACUUACUGCUUCUAUAAUUUCUGCUAGCAGAGUCCCCAACAAUGCUGUUAGAGAAGAAAUUGAGUCCAUACCACAAGAACAUGAAAGUGAUAGUAAUAGAAUAUCUAUUUGGGACUCAACAGAUUCUAAAGUAGCACAAGUACAACCUAUGGGAACAGUUACGUCAAGGGCAUUAGUAGAAGUUCAACGGUAUUUAGAAGAGGCAAUCCAAAAUAGGAACAGUGAUCCUCUUAAAUGGUGGUUUGAAAACAAACAUAAUCAUCCUUACUUAAGUCAACUGGCCAGAAAUAUGUUAUGUGCUCUUGGAACAUCGGUACCAUGCGAAAGAGUUUUCUCCAAAGCGGGACAAGUUUUAAGUGAUCGACGCAGUAGUUUAAGCAGCAAAAAGGUGCAAAUGCUACUUUUCUUAAAUUAUAAUGAAUAA